GCCCAUCGUACUUACUUACCUGCGUCUUUUCUCGGGCCUCUUCUUUUGACAGUCUUUCGAUUAAUACUUACACAUGUACAACUUUGCCGAUCGACGCUAUCGGGUGUAUAUAUGUAUAAUACCGUUGGCGGUGGUGUGCGGUUGCCGUUAUCUUAUCGCAUAACGAGACAUAUCUCCGACAAAAAGUAACGCGUAUGGAUGCGUGCAGUAUACUAUACUAUACUUCGAGACUUUGGUCAAAGUUGUAUAGGACAGAAGGAGCAGGGAUAAACGUACAUCUAAUGAGAAAUCAUUGCAAGCUUGGUGUGUUGAAUUGUUGGCAGUGAAAAAGCUGGAGCGGCGAUAAGUAACCGCAGGGAUAUUGCUUUUGGUCAUCGGGACGAGGCCAACGCGACUUGGUUAUAAUGCGUGAACUUCCAAAUUUCAACCCGUUUUAGCUCCCGGCAUCGGGCAGGAGAGAAGAAAAACAAGGAAAAUAGAAUGGAGAUUGCGAGGGAGAUUGUCAAGAACGUGACGAUGACGACCACGUCGACGAGCUUAUCGUCACCUCAGUCCGCGUCCUCGCCGACAUCGAGUUUGGUAACGGCCACAGCUGCGGCUGCAGUGACAUCGGCAGCAAUGACAACAACGACCACAGACAGUACCAGCACUACUCCGAGUUUACACAGCAGUUCGACAGUGUUGGCGACGACCAUCAGUAACAUUACGUCGAGGCUGCUCUCCAGUAGCAGCGAACUGACCAGCACCGCCACCACCACCGUACAACGGCUUUACAACCAGACGAUCGAGGCGUACAACAACACGUUCACCACCACCACCACCGCCGCCACCACCACUACCACCAUUGGCAGUUCGACGGCAUGGAACUUGACUCGUGCCGGCGAAUCACUGCUGCCCAGGGCUACUACGAGUAGUGGUAGUGCGACAGCAAGCUUGUGCACCACGACCAUGUCGACGACGAGUACGGAGGACCCGUUUGACGAGUUCGGACCACCCGAGGGCGUCGAGUACAUUUUCGUACCCCUCGGUGUCAUGAUAUUCGUUAUUGUACUUUCCGCCGUGGUGAUAAUUAUAUCGAGAAAGCGCAAGUUGGAAAGACUUCGUCACAGGCUAAUGCCACUGUACAAUUUUGACCCUGGCGAAGAAGGAGAAGACGACUGGGAAACUGAAUUGCUGGACGAGGGCUUUACCAGUCGGCAAAGACGCCAAGGAUAUCAGUCUAUGGAUAGCGAAGAAAACGCCGAACUCUUUAAUCCUGCACACAUGCAAACUCUUGGAUAGUCUUUUCGAUGUUAAACAAUUUACCCUCCGUUUCUUAUACUCAUCCUCCAUCUUUUAAUGGUGUUUUUAAACGAACCAAAAACACGCAUUCCAUUUAUCUGUAAGCAAGAAUAAUACUGUAUAAGCAAUCUUGGGACAAUGCACAUAUACAGGUGAUUUUUUUAUUUUAAUCGUUUUUACUCAUCCGAAUUUAUUGGGACAGAGAUUGAUUGAGACGUUUGUUUUUGCAGAAAAAAGCUGACUGGACAAUCGCUUAGAUAAAAAAAAAAAAAAAAAAAAAUUUAGUUAAUAUUUUAAAAUCUUAACAAGUAGUAGAGUGUACUUGGAGCUUUCAAUAUUAUGCUUUUUGCGUAAGACGACAGCGAUCGAAAAAUUCCAUUCGAUUAAUCCAAGCCGUGUGUAUAUUUUCCACACUUCACUUGACUCUUUCCAAAUAUGUCAUUAAGUAUUGUAUAAGAUUCAUGUAAAUACAUUUGCACGUAAGUGAGACAUUGUGCACACACAAACAUUAAAUUUUCUCUCGUAAGUACGUUUUUGUAUAAUGUAAGUAGAUGAAUUAAUUUAAAAAGUCACAGUAACAAACGAGUAAAAUUAGUGGCUCUAAAUAUGCAAUAGAUAAUACUAGUCAAUUUAUUAAUUAAUACUGUACUUAUGAGAUUAUUUGAGGGGUGCUUUUACUCUACAAUACUGUAUUAAAAGACAUGGGCGGCUAAUUGAUAUUGAAAUUAUUUGGGAAAUAGAUGUAAUAGCCAGAAGAUACUUAUGAGACACGAACAACUGUACUUAACGCGUACAUAAAUAUAAUUGUUUUUAAAUAACUAGUUCCUAGUCAUUAUAUUGAAAUUAAUUUUUUUUUUU